AUGGCAGGCAUGGUCCUCACGUGCUCGUCUCCACUGCCCUUCCCUGCCUCCCGGGCUCCGUUCAGAGAAAUGCACCAAUUUCAGCAUUUUUUACAAUUCGUCCAUGUGCUGCAACUUGAACUAGGAUUUGUCACUGGCGACUCCGAGACGAUGCGUCACAACUUCAUAUCCUAUGACAAGACGACGGCUUUGGUUGUAACGCGGGUCUCAUUGCAUCGCCCCCGGCUAGCUAACACGAAGAACGGGAUUCGGAGGACGGUCCGCCGUCAAACAUGGCCGUCUUACACGAUGCCUUGGUUCAGGGUCCGGCUCGCUAGACCGCACGCUUGCCUAGAGAGUACACGAACUCGCCCCCCUCCAAACACUCAACUAGGCGCUUCAGGGACAGAUCCAGGAAUCCGUAAAGAUGAGAAAGCACAAUUAAAAUCGGCGGAGCAUCAUGGUAGCACUCCACUGUCGCACUGGGGCCGAUGCAUCUCGUGCAAGACGGGCCCGAUACAAGACCUGCGUCAAAGUCCUGCAGCCCACUACCGCAGACCGUACGAAGUACCGCAAACUGCCAGAAAUAAGAUACAUCAAGACGUUACGAGGCAUUUGUGUAACCCCAACCCUAGGCUAUUACUCUCGACUCUCGAGCCCAUAGAGCCCCUCCAAGUGCCAAAGAUUCUAAUGUCGCCUAUAGCAGCCUGCGCUCACCGAAAGCCCCAAAUCCGGCUCACCAAGACACGUCUUCGCCCGGUCAAGGGUCGCGACCCGGGCGUCACGUCCUCAACGGUCGAAUUGCCGCGCAAUCACGAAUGCGCGUCUUUCGGUGCCCGAUGGCGAACGGUCCGAUGCUACAUCUAUCCCGUGGCUUGCCACUCCGAGCGCCCGGCGGGUAGGCCCAUCUUGGGGACCGGGCGGAGAGGUGGAGGUUGCAGCAUUAAGAACCCCGCCGGUUGGGGUUAUGCCAAUCGAAGAACACUCUCGAUCCCCUCAUCCCCAUACGAAUACCACGUCCGACAUUCAUGA